AACUCGAACGUAAAUAAUGCAUGCGGGUGGGGUGUAUAGAAAAGUAAAUUGGCUGGUAUUAAAUACAAACAAAAUGUAUUCGUUUAUUUAAAAGCAAUUAAAAUAACUCCCGACUUGUUAUUCAAUGUGUGAUCUCUUACUUCAGUAAUUAAUAUCGCACAAUGGAAGCAGAUUCAACUACUUUGGACACCAGUCCGAAGGAUACAAGUUUUCAGCCAGUUUUCCCUUUCUCCGUUAGUCCAGGGAACAACCAGCUCUACAACACUUUUGCAACGCAUAGUGGUGAAAGGAGUCUCGAAUGGCAGAUUGUUGAGAAGCUGCAAGCACAUGGACUUCUGCCUAAAACGGUGAAGUGCCCCGCAGGGAAGGCCGAGUGCAGAGUGGUGUGCAAAAAUGCCAGAGUUAUUGAUAGAGUCCAAUGGGUGUGUGAAACAUGUGGGACUCGGCAGCCAGUGCGCCUUGGCUCAUUCUUCAUGAAGCUCCAGUGCUCCCUGCUUCAAGCUCUGCAAAUCAUCCUGGCGUGGAGCGAGGAUGGUGACAUCACGCAGGCUGCGCAGCACUUUGGAGUAAAAGAUCGCGUAGCAACCGCCAUCUAUAACAAAAUGGAUGACCUGGCCAUCAACGCGCAGAUGAAGGACCAGCUGGGUGGCGAGAACAGUGUGGUGCUCGCCGAGAUGUACCCAGACUGCAUCAACAGGCUGUCUCCUGACACAACAGACACACCACAUGUUCAUAGAAUACUUAUGCUGGCAGACACUAAUCACAUACCUACACGCUACUGGCUGCACGUCAUAAAAGAGGACAAUAAGAAAACACCACCAAAUAACUCAUUGGACUCUGAGCAUUUGAGAGCAACAGUAGAAGAGGUGGUGAAGAAGGCAACGCUACCCAAUUCAAUAAUAGUGACCGGGAACAGUGUACCCGCGAUAGAGGGCGCCUGCUCCACACAACAGCUGCUGCAGCACUGCGAUGCCGAUAUGCAACAUUUUCUGACUUCACGCAUUUGGCGCGGCGCGGUGACGCUAUGCGCAGCGUCCCGGGAGCUGUGCGGCGCGGGGGCGGGGGCGGGGGCGGGGGCGGGGGCGGGCGCGGGCGCGGGGGCGGGCGCGGCGUGGUGCGCAUGCGCGGCGCAGCGCUACCUGGACGCGGCGCUGUACCGCGUCGCGCGCGCCGAGCUGUUCGCGCAUGCGCUGCAGCUUAUCGCCGAUGAUACACGAGACAAGUUGCAAUGAUACAUUAGCGUCAUCAUAGACCGAGGGUCGGCCAACCGCGGCUCGCGAGUCACAUGCAACUCUUUGGGGGUCUUCGAGUGACUAGAAAAAUUACAUCUGCUGACCUCUUAAACCACUGAAAGCACCAUUUGCGGCUCUUUGACAUUCUUAAACUGGUGAUUUCUACUGCGGUUGUCUCAUUUUCUCAAAAGUU